UUUUUUUGGUCAGAUUGUGCAGUUUCACACUGGCUGUGACUCACUGUGUCUGCAGCCAUAAAAGAAGGAGUGGCUCGCUGCAAACUUCUGACAAACACAGACACCGAGACGCUCCGACUGCUCAUCUGUCGCCAUGGUCAGACAAGUGAAAAACUCCGCAGAGUUCAAACAGGCCCUGAGCGACGCAGGGGGCAAACUAGUUGUGGUGGACUUCACAGCAACAUGGUGCGGCCCCUGCAGAAUGAUCGGCCCCGUAUUUGAAGAACUGUCGACUAACAGUGAAUACAGCAACGUUGUUUUCCUGAAGGUCGAUGUGGACGAGGCGUCGGAUGUGAGUGGAGAGUGCAACAUCUCAUGCAUGCCCACGUUCCAGUUUUUCAAGAACGGAUCUAAGGUGCACGAAUUCUCUGGCGCGGACAAAAACAAACUGAUAGAUGGACUGCAGAAGUUCUGUUAGCUCCAACCGACAAAGUCCUUGUAUGAAAACCACAUCCUGUUGCAGUCUGAGCACCAGUGUCAUGUUUAACCUCAGUUCUAAUUAAUUCAGUCACCACAUUCCUGUUAGCUCAGUAUGUCUGGAUUAGACCUGACACCCUUCUGGUGCCUUUCAUGUGAAGGAAUGACUCCUCACAAAACUCUAAACCAUUUUCUAGAUUUGUUAAACAAUUGGAUUAGAACAAUUAAAUAAAGAUGUAAGUAAAUGA